AUGACUGCAGCGAGGAAGCUAUUACUUUUGGGCAUCAGAAGUAAGGUACAUUCAGGGUAUGAAACUAAUGUGUGGGAGGACCUUUGGAUCCCUUCGUCGCCAGCUAGAUCGGCUCGGGCCCGGGCUCCAGCUGUGAACCCAAAGAUGACUGUAAGCAGUCUUAUCAAUCCAGCUACAAAGGAAUGGGAUGUUCGUUUACUGGAACAAUAUACAGCUCAAGAAGAUAUUCCGCUGAUCCUGAGUUUGGCUAUAAGUCCUACCCAUCGACGUGAUAUAUUUUGCUGGAGCUAUACAAAGAAUGGACAGUAUACUGUUAAAUCGGGGUAUUGGGUUGCCACAAACUUGAUGAGGGAUGAGGAGGAUGCAGAAGUUCUACAACCCAGCAUUACCAAACUCCAAGCCUUUGUUUGGAAGGUAAAAGCGCCACAAAAGAUUUGCCAUCUUAUAUGGCAAUUAAUCUCAGGACAGGUAGCGGUAACAAGGAAUCUGGUACGCCGCAACAUGCGAUGUGACAAUUAUUGUCCAAGAUGUGGAGCUCCAGAAGAGACUGUUACUCAUGCUAUCUUUGAGUGUCCACCGGCCUUACAAGCAUGGGAGUUAUCAUCAACGCCAUCGAGCCCUGAUAUCUUCCCAGUACCAAGUAUUUACGCUAAUAUGGACUAUCUCUUUUGGAGAAAGAAUGGUAUUCUAGAGCCAGAAGAAGAUAGAGAUCCUUAUCCUUGGAUAAUCUGGUACAUAUGGAAAGCUAGAAAUGACAAGUUGUUUAGAGGCAUAGAUAGAGAUCCACUGGAACUAGUCAGGUAUGCAGAGAGUGAGUGCCAAGUUUGGUACAACACAAGAGACACUGAACCGGUUCCGCCACAGGUACAGACUACUGAAGGAACACAAGCCUUAAGCUUGGGUGAUUUUUGUAUGGUGGAUGAUUCAUGGACCUCUACAGCUCAAUUCAGUGGACUGGGAUGGGUUUGGAAGGAUACAAUGGGGAAGAUACAACACAUGGAAACAAGGAACUUGCAGAGGAGGGAGACAGCGCUACACUCGGAACUGGAAGCGCUACAGUGGGCAAUGGAGAGCAUGAUACAACAUUUGUCCUACCAGAGGUUUGGGACGGACUGCAAGGACCUGAUUGCGAUGCUAGAACAGCCACAAGAUUGGCCCAACUUCUCAACAGAGCUGGAAAUCAUUCAAACUCUUCGGUUGUGUUUUUCGGACUUCAAGAUCAGCUACUUCCAAAGGAUGCAAAAUGAGAUUGCGGAUUCGCUAGCUAAGAAUGCACGCUCUUUUCAUAGAUCGUUAUGUUUUAUUGGUUGUUCUAUUCCGGUCUGGCUCCCCAGGCCACCUUAA